AUGAAGAGGCACGAAUCGAGACCGUUCAGCGUUCUAUUAGUUCAGUCGCUACUCGGACACCUUCUACUGUCCACGCUUUCGGACAAUGCUAUAUGUGUGGUUACGGUACCAGUGAUCGAUAUGUAUACCAAGUUAAUUCGGGCUACUUUAAUUACAUUAGUCAUAUUACAAAACGCCGAUGGAAAGAAAUCUAAGAAAAAACGCAUUAACAAUGACGCAGCAGAGUCGACCCCGCAACCGAAUGUGCUAACGUACUCUACUUUUGGCUUUAAUGAUGUCGGCUCUUACGAGGGUUUCGUUCCAAGUUCUCCUGACUAUGCCAAUUACCUGACAAAUACUAAACAGGAAUCUUCCACACGAUUAUACGCACCGGCAUUUCCUUCAGCUUUAGAGUCUACAGGAUUGGGUAGUUACUAUGAUCCUCAGCCGGACGUAGGUUCUUUUAGUAUUAGUAGUGACGGAUACCAAAGUGGUCAGUCGUAUCAAUUUGGACCACAAAACGUUUUUACGUCUCAAAACCAGGAUGGAAGUAGUGACCAAAAUCAAAAUGGUGAAACAAAAGAGGUAUACCUAAAUACCAAUAAUAAUAAUUCUCCUAGUUAUGGAACGAAGAUAAGUUCGAAGGGUAAAAGUAAACAUUUUGAAAAUUUUAAUCACACAGAUCAUAAUAUAUAUGGAAGUAUUUCACCUACUUUAAAUAAUGAUGCGGCAUUUAAAAACCUUAACAACAAUUAUCCCAAUUAUCCAUCUAAAUCUCAUUCCACGGAUAUUUCAUCAUCACUUAAAUUUCCAAAGGUUGUAGAUUUUACUCAUAUUAAAAAUUACUAUCCUACCAGUGUUGAUACAAAUUUUCAAGAUCAAAAACCUUUAAAUUUAGAUUUACAUAACAAUGUUGCAAUUGAUACAAAUUUAAGCCCUUAUAAAAGUUAUACCAAGACCGAUCUCAAAGAAGAACAACUAUUAAAAAACAAUUAUAAUUACAAAGAUGAAAAAACAAAGAGUGAAAAUGAAUUUUCGGAACCGAAUUAUUUUUCAACCGAAGAUGUUGGCGAUAUUAAAAUCAAUUUUAAAAAUAAUAGAAAUAAAAGUGAGUAUAAAGAUAAAAUAAAGACUAAGCCGUGGAAUUUAAAUAACAAUAAUAAUGAUGGUAAAAAGUCCAGACCAUACCAUACCAUACCAACCAAAGGAUAUGAUUAUUCUACAAAUUAUAGUACAACAAGUUUUAGAUUUGAUAAUGGUGCGCCAAAGAAGCCAUUCAAUAGCAGCAUUGAUGAAGUUGCUCCAGCAAGUAGUAAUUUGGAUUACGUAGGCUAUAAUUUUCCUGAUAAAGAUUUUUCUGGAAUGAAACAUACACAAAGCGUAAAAUCUCCUUUUGAUAUUGAAAGCUAUGGCAUAGUUUCAAAUAGUUACAAUGAUAAGUAUAAACCUUCCGAAGAUUAUUUAAAUUCUUUUAAAAACUUGUAUUCCGAUGUUCCUAGUACUAGUUCUCACUGGGGAAAUAUUUUUAAGACAACUGAUUAUUCGCCGUACAAAAAUCACCCUAAAAAUCCCGUCUAUAAGGAUGAGAUUAACGAUGAGGUAGUGCACAUUCCAAAAAGACAUCAGAAUUUAAAAAAUGGAAAGUACUUUGAUAAUAAACUAAACGAUUUUUCGUUUUCCAACACAUACAAACUGUAUAAAGAUAAUGAUGAUAAAGAACAAUUGGAUUGGACAAAAAAUAUUUUUAACACAAGGUUUAAGUCCGAAGAAGAUUUGCUAGGGCUAAGAAAUCAUGAUACCUCACAUCCCUCUUAUAUACCGACGUUUAAGCCAAGCUAUAAUGAUUUUGCUGAAGACAUAGAUUACAAAAAACUAGUUCAGAAAUGGCGGCAAAACUACUUGAAAUCGAAGCUUAGAGACUCCAAUCGGGAAUACGAAACUUAUGCAUCAGAAACAAAACCCGUCCACGUACCUCUUCCAAAGCCUUACCCGAUAGAAGUGCCGCGUCCGGUAAUCGUGCCGGUGCCGCAACCUUACCCGGUAAAAAUUCCGAUACCAAAACCGGUCGCUGUGCCGGUUGUAAGGGAGAUAACCGUGCCUAUCGAGAAGCCAGUGCCGUACCCGGUUAUCAAAAAGGUUCCUUAUCCUAUAGAGAAGCUAGUUCCUGUACCUGUUGAAAAACAGGUACAAGUGCCAAUAAUGAAACCGUAUCCAUUGCAUAUUCCGCAAAUAAGACCCGUCUUUCAUCACACGAAACCUCACGAUGACAAUGAGUUGGAGUCAGAUGAAGAUGACUAUUAUUCCCGUCCAGACUCUAAAAGACCGGUUUAUAAACGUCCAAAAAGUUCUCGUAACCGACCCCGUGCACCGUCCAAAAGACCAUCACGCAUGACAUAUCAAGAUCGCAACAGGAGACGUGUGCCAAAUAGAAGACCAUCUUUUCCCUAUCAUAACCAAAGACCCAGGAGACCUUACCCUUCAGAUAUUCGCUCCCCACAGAGGUACCGCGAUGAUUUCGAAGAAGAUGACAGUGAAAGUGAAUUUGAAAAUUAUUGUAAAAGAACUGGCAAAUGUUAGUUUAACUAUAGAAAAUUUAAAGGCACGGGACAACGUUUCAGCUUCAAUUUAGUGUCUCGUACCAAACACCUAAUUUUAUCUUUCUUAAUGUGCUAAUUUAUCCAAAAAUCAAAGCGCCGAGAGAACCACCCAAUGGUAUAAUUAUAACAAAUUAAUGAUAACCGGACAUCAUUAACUUAUUUUCCGAUUGAUUGAGACCCUUUUUAAAUGUGAGUUUCAAAUUUUUAUUAUACAUACUCUAGUAAUUAUUAGGAUUAGAUAGGCGAUAU